AUGGGUAUUGAUGGAAUUUUGGAGGAUGUAUUAUUCUGCCCUGAGGUUUCAUAUAACUUACUGUCCGUUUCCAAAAUACAAAGAGCUGGAUUGACAAUUAUUUUCGAUCAAGAUGGAGCUCAUAUAUUUAAGGAUGGUAAGAUAUUAAUUAAUGAGCGUAUGAUUAGAACUGUAACUGAAAAAGCUCGCGCUAUGUUGAGCGGUGCUAAAUUAGAAAAAGUUUUCUGGGGUGAAGCUGUAUUGACAGCUGUUUAUUUAAUAAAUUUAACACCCACUAAAGCUUUCUCAACACCAAUCGAACAAUCUCGAACACCAUUUGAAAUGUGGUAUAAUAGGAAACCAAAAAUUAAUUACCUGAGAGUUUUUGGAUCUACUGACAAUGUUCAUAAUAAAACAAAUAAGAAUAAAUUUGAUGAUAAAUCGUGGAAAGGUAUAUUGGUGGUAUAUGAACCAAACGGUUAUAAAGUUUGGAAUACUGAAAGCAGUAAAUAUGUUACUACUCCACCACAGUGUGGUGAGAAUCUCAAUACAAAACGGAAAAUUCUUAGCUACAUUAGCAAGAUAUUCGACCCAUUGGGUAUUAUAGGCCCUAUCGUAGUUGUGGCUAAGAUGUUCAUGCAAGACUUGUGGUCUUUGAAAUUAGGUUGGGACGAUGUCCUACCGUUGCAGUCUUUCCAAGUGUGGGAAAGAUUUUUCAACAAUGCUUCUAAGAAACAGAUAAUUAAAGAUGCAACUUUAACUCCUAAGGAGUUAGAGGCUGUUUUGUUGAUUGUUGUCCGCUUAGUGCAAAGAGAACAUUUCUCUCAUGACAUCUCCUCUAUUGUUAAGGGCAACAAAUUGAGGUCUGGCCUUGCUAGUCUCCAUCCUUUUGUAGACGCACAAGGCGUCCUUCGCGUGGGUGAAAUUGAGAGUAGGGUGAAAAUUCUCAGUAAUGUAAAAGUAUGUCCACCGAUUGCUCUGCCUGUUUUCAAAAAUGAAGCCAAAGAUGAUUCUAAUGAUUCUGAUUAUGAAAUUUUUCCUAAUCUAAAAAGAAAACGAAUACAAAGAGAACCUCGGAUAAACGUGAGUCCAAUUACUAACAAAAAAUUUGCUUUAUUAGAGAACGCUCAUGCCAUCAAUAUUUUAUCUCCGUCUCACUCAUUACACAAAAAGGAUAAUAAUAUAGAAGAACGUGUACAAUAUAGUGCACACAACGACUUUGUACCUCUCAAAGACCUAAGUGUUACAGUGCCGUCUCCAGCUAUACUGUUAACUCCAACUCAAAAACGUAUUAUUAACGUUUCUUCUCAAAUAUCUACCCCAGAUUCAAUAAGUCGUUUUUGCACAUCAAACAGCAGAUGUCCAUCUUUAGACAACAUUUCUUUAAUGCCUUUAGAUGAAACUGAAAUUGUGAACACAAAUAAUUUACAAUGCACGAAUUUAAUAGAAACAAAAGAUGUUGAAAGAACUUUUUCUUAUACAUUUGAGGAAGAAAACGAAGACACUGAUAUAAUUGCUAUCCAGAAAAAUAUCUCACAGAAAAGAACCAAUAAUUAUGUAACUUUAAACACUAACAAUAAUAACAUGAUUACGAUAGAAAAUGGAAUAAAAAAUACUACCACAGAAGAAAUGUUAGCUUUGCCGUUGAAUAAUAAGACACCAGAAAAAAGUUUUGACCUACAAUUAAUGAUAGAAGAAAGAGGUUAUAUAUCUGAAUCUGUAAGUGAAGUUUCAUUUAGUACUACUAACGAAGAAAACUUAUCAUUUGAAAAAAGCUCUUUAUCAUCUUCAGAAGAUAGUGACGAAUUGGAAGAUGAUGAUGAAUCGAGGAUCGAAAGUGAUUGGUUGCAUUCACAAGAACAAGGCUUUGAAGAAGAACCAUGGGUGGAUAUUACUGACGAAAUACCAGAUUUUGCAGAAAAUACACUUGACUGUAAAAUACUUUUACCUACAGACAAUAAAACACCUAUUGAAAUAUAUGAUUUAUUUGUAACCGAAGAAAUAAUUAAUAAAAUGGUGAAAGAAACGAAUGAUUAUGCAGAGAAGUACUUGGUUGAUAACGCUCAUACAAUUAAACAAAAAUCUCGUGUUAAAGCUUGGAAACCGACCAAUUUCGAAGAAAUGCGUCAAUUUUUUGGAUACAUUAAAAAUAAAUCCCACAAAUACGGCGUGAAAAUAUAUAAGCUAUGUACUCCCGAGGGUUAUACGUACAGAAUGAUUGUAUAUACAGGUAAAGAGGCUAACAAACGGGAGCAAGAUCAUGGCCUCAAAACAGUUAUGAAAUUAGUGGCUGGGCUGGAAGACGCAGGCCGAACAGUCGUUGCAGACAAUUUCUACUCAUCAAUCAAACUUGCAGAACUGCUUUUAACACGUAAAACAUUCUAUUGUGGUACGUUAAGGUCUAAUAGGAAAGGCGUGCCCAAAGAAAUUGUAUGUACUAAAGUGAGAAAAGGUCAAGUAUAUGGCAAGAUGUCAGAAAGCGGAGUACGUAUUAUAAAAUGGUGUGAUAAGCGAGAGGUACUAAUGCUUACUACUUGCAAAGAUCACAAAGCUGAACUAGUAAAUACAGGAAAGCAGUCAAGAUUAACCAAUGAACCAAUAAGAAAGCCUAAAUGCGUAUUAAUGUACAACGAAAACAAAAAGGGCAUUGAUUACAGUGAUCAGAUGGCAUCAUAUUACUCUGUCCUGAAGAGAGGUCUGAAGUGGUAUAGGAAGGUUGUAAUGGAGUUUUUGUUCGGUACUUCAGUUGUAAAUGCUUGGCUCAUUUAUAAUAUGUCAAACCCUAAGAAAAUGUCCAAAAAAGAUUUCACAGAAUGCUUAAUUGAGUCACUUACUGGUAAAAGUAUUUUUGGCAAUGCAAUGCUAACUGCACAGCAGUUAGAAUUCAUAAAAGAUCUUCUAAAUAUAUUGAGACCAUUAGAAGUAAUAACUAAAGAAAUAUUGGGAGAAGCCUAUGUUACAGCCAGUAAAAUUAUACCAAUCGUAUCUUGUCUGAUUGAAACAUAUAAUAAAAUGAAAACUUCAACUGAUAUUGGUGCUAAAACAAGAACUUUAAUAGUGGACGGCCUAAAGAAAAGAUUUGGAAGUGUCGAACAAGUUCAUUUGUUGGCUGCUGCGACCAUUUUAGAUCCAUGA